AUGCUCAACGAAUUGAACGAAGCAGUGAAGAGAAAAGGACUGCGAAUAAACAGAAAGAAGACACAGUUCAUGAAGAACGCCUACUGCGAGGACGGAGGAGUACAACUUGAAGGCUACCAAAUCGUGGAAGCUCCGUCAUACGUAUACCUCGGACGUUCUAUGAACAUGGAAAACGACUUGAAGGAAGAACUGAAUAGAAGAAUGAGAGCAGCAUGGGCAGCAUUCCCAGCCGUCAGGGAAGCUACGGAGCAACUGACGGACCGAGAUCUUCGUGCUCAUCUGUUCGACUCGACAGUUCUUCCAACGCUCUGUUACGCAGCGGAGACGUGGGCAGACACCGCUGCCACGUCUAGGAAGCUACUUACUACCCACAGAGCCCUUGAGAGAUUCUUUCUGAAGUUUAACCGGCGCACACAACACUUAGCCUGUCUUCGCAGCUCCGACUUGAGAGGAAUGUUCCGCCUUCGCGACCCAGCGGAAUACAUAUUGAAAACAAAGGAUAGUAGGGCCGGUCACAUUAUGAGAUUAUUAUUUGUAACAAAUAGAAAGUAA